AUGUCCACCAAGUAUCUCGCCGUUUCCGUCCCCUCAUCCGUCACAACCUCCGGGCAUAAAGAAGAUGCCAUUUCGGCACUCCAGAAAGCCGUCAACCCCUCCAACGGCGACGUGCUGAAUCUCAACAUUCCUGAAUUCAAGAUUGGCACACUCGAUGCCCUGCUGCAGCAGUCGGAUGAGCUGGCCAAGCUCGAGGGCCUGUGCAACGCAGUCGUCAGUAAAGUCGGAGAUACCUUGAAGAAUAUCCUCGAUGGGGAUGAGGAUAAGAUUGCUUCGCAUAAGAAUGUUAAUGAUAAACCUCUCGACCAGUAUCUGCGAACGUUCUCUUGGAAUAAGGUCAAGUACCGGGCGGAUAGACCGCUGGCAGAGCUGAUUGACCUGCUACAACGGGAAGCAAAUUCCAUUGACAACGAUGUCCGUUCCAAGUACAACCAGUACAACUCACUACGCACCAACCUGCAGACCCUCCAGCGGAAACAAACAGGCAAUCUAUCCACUAAAUCCCUCAUCUCUGUCGUACCUCCAAGUAUACUCGUCUCGGACUCCGAGCACCUGGAAACCCACCUGAUCGCCGUCCCCAACAAUAAUGUCAAGGACUUCAUGCGCAGCUACGAAACCCUCGCCACCUUCGUCGUUCCCCGGUCGGCGACCUUCGUCGCUAGUGACGACGAGUUCUCCUUAUAUGCUGUCACGACGUUCAAGAAGCACAGUACCGAAUUCAUCCACAAGAUCCGUGAGAAGAAAUGGGUUCCUCGUGACUAUAAGUUCAAGGAGGGUGGCAGGGAACAGGAGGCGCAGGAGGUCAAGAAGACCGAGGCGGAGGAGAAGCGCGUUUGGGGCGAGACGCUGCGUCUAGGCCGGACUGGCUGGAGUGAGGGUGUUAUGUGCCUGGUUCAUGUCCUCGUGUUGAGGGUGUUUGUUGAGACGGUUCUGCGGUACGGUCUCCCGCUGGAUUAUGUUAGUGUUUUGGUUAAGACCGACACGAAACGCGAGAAGAAGGCCCUCCAAGGCCUGGACAGCGAAUUCUCAUAUCUUGCGGGCAACGCAUUCGGACGGGACAAGAAAGGUCGCCCGAAGAAGGACGAGGGCAUGAAUUCCUCCGACGUUGCUGCUGCAGCCGCUGGUGGAGAACAGGGCGAUUACUCGGCCUAUGUCCUGUAUCAGAUCGCCGUGGAUUGA